AUGGAGCUCACGCGUGAACAUUUCCGUGCCAUAAUUUAUCACAAUUUUCGUCGCGGCUUAUCUCAAAAUAAAUGUCUCAGCGAACUUGUUUCGAUUUAUGAUGUUGAAGCACCGAGUCAAACGACAAUAUACCGCUGGUAUGCCGAGUUCCGACGCGGUUGUGUGUCGCUCAGCACUGUUUAUUCUCCAGGUCGACUAAGAAUAGCGGUCACGCCUGAAAACAUCGCAGCUGUGCGAACUAUUAUAUUAGGUGACCGUCAUGUGACAUACGAGCAGAUUCUGGCUGUUAUCAGUAUCGGAAUGACUGCAGUUUAG